AUGCUCAAUCGUAUUUCUGAGUCGAGUAAUGUUCUACAAAAAUACAGGAAGCAUCCAUCUGCUGGCUCUAGAGAGAUCACACAGGCAAUGGUUCGGUCCAUUGAAGAGGUUGACAAGCCAGCCAAGAGGGGCAAGAAGCCUGAAACACAGAAGGCUAAACAGGUCACUAAGCAAACCAAGGGGCAAACCCCCAAGAAUCGAAAAUCUAAUAAAGCUGCCCCUUCUCAGGCUCAACGGAAAAAGCAAAAGAAGCCCGCUCGGCGACUUAUUCUGCAAUCUUCAAGCGACUCAGAAUAUGUCUCUGCCUCGCUCCCCUACCCCAGAAAUUCCAGUUCGCUCCAAUCCCCCUUCACCUACACCUCACGCCAAGCCAUUCAACAAGCCAACGAGAAGCUCCAUGCUAAUUUCAACGAUCGCUUAACUCAACUGGAAGCAGAGUUAGCUGUGGAGAAUCGAAUUAUGGAUGAGCUUGACCGACGUACCUCCCAGCUGAAAUUGCAAACUCAAAAUCUACGUACUGCUGAGGCUGAACUUAAUGACCUCAAGUGUCAUUUGGCAGACAAGCUCAGACCGACGUUGAAUAUUCUUAGCCGAAUCGAAGGUGUUCCAGUUACCGGGGUCCAACCGAAACAAGGGGGAGAGAAAGUGACAUCGCAACCUCCUCCUUCUGGAUCAAAUCCAUCCGCUGGACCAUCUGCUGGACCAAAGGGUAAUGAAGCUUCGGUCAGCAACAAAGACAAAAAGAAGAAGAAAAUCGGCAAUGACGACACAAACAAUCAAGAAGAUGUCUAUGUCGAAAAUCCCAAGAAUCCCUUCUAG